UCUUUCCGAAAAAUGGCUGUUUCCAUUAACAGAAGGAAAUCUAAACCAUCCAAAAAAGCAGAAACAAAUGAACAUUGUUCCUGUGGUACUUUCCUUUUCAAAAUUCUGUCUCGAAUCCCCCUUGGCAUUCUUCUUUUGAUUCUUGUGUACCUGUGGUCCUCCUCCACCACCAUUAUCUCUGGCAAGAUUGUUCAUAUCUGUGUUUCCUCGCGGAAGCUCAACAAUCUUUACUGCCUGUCCGCAGGUACUCAGCCUAACUUUGAAAUCCCUGUUCCGCUUACCAACAAUAGUUUUACUAGCAAUAUCAAAGAUAUUGAUGCUAGUCCUAGCACCAAUAGUAGUGUUGCAGUGUAUGUGAAGGCCGCUAGUACUCAUGAACGCAUCACAGAUAGCAAAGAGAUCGCCAAUGCUCUUAGUUCCAGCACCAUUGGCAACAUCAAAGAAGUCGCCAACGUUUUAAGGAAGGACUCGAUUCCAGCCGUGAUAGAUGGGACAGACAAAAACAGGAACGAGGAGAUUGCCAAUGCCAAGAAGGCUGUCAAGGAGCAUCUACAACUGCAUCGAUCGUGGAUGCCUAAUACAAACCAUGCUUCUUGUGAUGGGAGGGGGGUAUAUGUUUAUGAUCUUCCAUCAAAAUUCAACAAGGACCUGAUAGGUCAGUGUGGAGACAUGAUGCCAUGGACAGAUUUCUGCAAAUAUUUCAAUAACGAGGCGCUGGGGGAGCCAAUAGCAAACCUUGGAAAGGGCUGGUAUCACACCCAUCAGUACUCAUUGGAGCCAAUAUUUCACUCAAGAAUUCUGAGCCAUCCAUGUAGGGUUUACAAUGAAAGUGAAGCAAAGCUCUUUUAUGUCCCAUAUUAUGGUGGUCUAGACAUCCUGAGGUGGCAUUUCAAGAAUGUCUCUGAUGAUGUUAAAGACGCUUUGGCAAUGGAUCUAAUGAAGUGGCUCGAGCAUAGAAGACCUUGGGUUCAAAAUUCUGGCUCGGAUCAUGUGUUUGUGUUGGGAAAAAUCUCAUGGGAUUUCAGGAGAAGGAAUUAUACUUCCUGGGGCACUAGAUUUCUAGAGCUUGAGCAAAUGAAGAACCCGAUAAAGCUCUUGAUCGAACGACAACCAUGGGAAGUCAACGACAUUGCAAUUCCACAUCCUACCUUCUUUCACCCUCAUUCAGACGAUGACAUUGUUGCAUGGCAGCAAAAGAUUAUCGGAACAACUCGAAAGAACCUAGUCAGUUUUGCUGGAGCAGCGCGGCCUGAUCAACCCGAGAGCAUAAGGUCAACAUUGAUCAAUCAGUGCACUUCAACAAGCAGUGAUAAAUGCCAGUUUCUGGAUUGUAAAUCAGGUGGAUGUAAUCAGCCUGAAUCGGUCACGAAGCUGUUUUUGGAGUCUGAAUUCUGCUUGCAGCCUCCUGGUGAUAGUCCAACAAGAAAAUCAGUAUUUGAUUCACUUGUUUCAGGAUGCAUACCGGUGCUUUUCGAUCCUUUUACCGCUUAUUACCAAUAUCCAUGGCAUUUACCCGAGGAUCAUAGUAAAUACUCCGUGUUCAUAGAUCAAGAAGAAGUGAGGCAAAUGAAGGUGAAUGUGGUGGGGAGGCUAAGCAGUAUUUCUGCAAGGGAAAGAGACGAUAUGAGGAGGUACAUAGUGUAUGAACUUCUACCUGGGUUGGUGUAUGGUGAUUCAAGUUGUCGGUUUCAGAAGUUUCAGGAUGCUUUCUCCAUAACAGUGAACACCCUGCUCGAGAGGGUUAGCAGAAUGCAAUGAAGUUUAUAUCAGCUUUUUUUUUUCCCCUCCUCUUUUCUUUCGUAAUUGAUUUUUUUUAAAACCAUGAAGGGUGUACAAAAUGGAGACAAUUCAUUUUACAUGAUAUGAUACCAAUUUUACAGAUUUUA